AUGACGAUUUCACCUGUUGAAGGCUGCCAGAUAGCUGUGGUCAGUGCCCAAGCCUGUGGAGAUGGCUUCAAAAGGAGGUGCCUUAUCACAGUUGAUGCUGACCACCUUGUACAUGAAGCCAAUAUUUAUCUUGCAAUCAUUAACCUAAUAAUUAUUUACAGGACACUAAACACUGUGGCAGAGGAGGAGUUACAGAUUCAGAAGUUGCAGCAGAGGAAUGCAUCAGUGUGCCUGCAUCCGCCAGCUACAUGGAAUCUUGAUCCUCACGGGCCUUCAUCCUCUGUGGUUGGCCAGCACUCAGUGUUCAUUCCAAAGAAGGGAGGUCCCAAGGCACAGCCCCCCAACCAGCAUCAACACAGACCCCAGUGCCCUUGGGAGCCCAAGCGACCCAAUGAGAUCCCUCCUAAAGCCGUGAAAGAGUGUGUUGAAAUCAUGGAAGGUCUGCUUGGACCUGCCCACUCAGCCACUGGGGAGCCAGAUGGAAAAUAUGAAGAAGAAAAUGAGCAACAGCAGGAAGAGAAUGGGAUAUACCCAGACUCAGGAUUCUUUUGCUACAUGGACAAGCCAUGUUCACAGGAAGCAUUUAUUACCAAGGUGGAAGCAGUUAUUCACCCUCAAUUCCUGGAAAUGGUACUAUCACCAGAAUCACAGGUAGAUCCCAUGUCCUUCACACAGGAGCUGGAGGAAGAGGAAGGACUCACUCCCACCCAGGUAAACCAGAGGAGGAAGGGAGAAUCAUAACAUGAAACCCACAGGAUUUCAUCUAACGCAACAGUGCCUUGGCUGGCAGGGCUUCUGGGGAAGGACAGCUCCAGGUGUGGGAGCAGGUGCAGAACAAGGAGGUAAGAGACAAUGGAGUGGCCAAGAGGAGCGGUAAGGAAUCCUGGUUAGGAGAACCACACAAGA